ACACCCUUAUAGUAUAAUUUAUGAAACAAUACAAGUAUCUUAUAAUCUACAUAUAUAUACUACCUCAUAUCUUUUCCCCGCUGUCUUCUCAUCCAAUUAUUUACACAUUCAGACAUUCAACUUCAGUUUAGGACAGCCAUAACUCAUAACUCAUAACUCAUAACAAGAUUUAUGGCUAUGGAUUACUACUCAUACAAUCACAAACACAUAUCAAAACAACACGAAGAUGAAGAUGAAGAUGAAGAUGAAAACGACAACGAUUACAUAGACAUGGAAGUAAGCAGCCACACACCCUUGUUUUCAGUCUGCCAGAACACAACCGUGCCACCACAAAACUGUCGAGAAUUCGAGUUCCAAAUGUCAUCGGUAAUAAAUGUCGAAAGCGACACAACAACAUCCCCUGCUGAUGAGCUUUUCUACAUGGGUAAAUUGCUCCCUUUACACCUUCCUCCUAGAUUACAAAUGGUGCAAAAUCUAUUACAAGAUUCAAAACCCAAGUCUAAUAUAGACUUUUACACUACCCCAAGUACUCCUUUUGAGUCAUGUAAUGUUUCUCCGAUUGAAUCUUGUCAGGUGAGCAGAGAACUUGACGCCCAAGAGUAUUUUCGUGUGCACGAAAAUGAACAUGAAAAUCGGUUUUUGGUUGAUCAUGUACACAAGUCUUGGACUAAAAAACUCAAGGCUAAAAUUAAGGCCUUGUUUGGGAAAUCUGAUCAACAAUCUUGUUCAUCAGCUGUUAUAAACAAUCAAAACCCAUGUGAUGCCAAACAAGGUGGUAAAAUUUAUCAUAGGAGAUCAUUUUCGGGGCCAUUUAAACGUCGAUCAUCAACAACAACAACGAAAUUAUCAGCUUCGUAUUCAUCAGUAUCCUCGUUAUCUUGUUCAUCUUCUUCAUCGUCUUCAUCAAGUAAUACGAGCAAUGCUCAUGGGUUGAUCGAUUUGUCGAUGUUGAAAAGAAGUAGCAGUGAAAAUUCAGAGAUUGAGAGCUCAUUGAUUCAAGGAGCUAUUGCUCAUUGCAAGCAAUCAUGUCAAGCAAGCAAAACAUUGAUUGAAGUUGGUGGAAAGCCAUUGGAUUCAUCUAAAUUUGCUAAUAGUCUUGAUGAUCAAACAACCCUUUGUAGGGGUUGACAUAGAUCUAGGAUAAAUAGAAUAUUAAGUGACUUAUGUUACGAGUCUUCUGUGCUAAUCUGAUAUGAUUUAAGCCCAUUAAAUGCAUAAUUAACAAAAUAAAACAAAAUAAAAUAGUUUGUGUUAGUUGGUGCAUGUAUCACUUUCUCUGAAUAGGGUUCUAGGUUUAUGAAUAUGGGUUGCCACCUUUCUUUUCUACCCAGAUCCUGAUCAUAGUUUUCUAUAAACGGGAUACACUGGGUACGAUGAUAAUGAUGUUUAAAUCUUUGAUCCGCUCUCUUAGCUAUCUUCUUACCUCAUCCUACUUUGUAGAAAAAGAACUUAAAAAGAAUUUAUUGAACUUUUGAUUGUAAAAAUUAAUGUUUGUAUAUCUGUUUUUGUCAUUCCCUUGAUAGUCAACCAAUCAAUCAUGAAUUUAUGUUUAUCUACUUCAAUAGUUGAAAGAUCUUCAUAGCACAUCAACAUCAUUUUUGAGUUGAAAGUAGCUUACAAUUUUGCU